UGCCGGAUCGCCUCCACCGCCAUCCGCAUUCGCUCACCUCGCCGGCCUACAUCCCCAUGUCGUCCGAGUCUGAUCUCCCGCCCUUUGCCCAGGCCACGGCAGGCGCUGCGGGGUCUGUCGUGUCCAACACCAUCGUAUACCCCCUGGACCUCCUCUCGACGCGCCUCCAGACCCAGUCCUCGUCGUCCUCGUCGUCGUCUGGCAGUGGCAAGGGAAAGCCCGGCAUCUAUGGCGCGCUGUCGGAAAUCGUGCGGACAAAGGGCGUCGGCGGCCUCUACCAGGGCUGGGCCGCUGACUCGAUGAGCAACACGCUGUCCAACUUUUUCUUCUUUUACUUUCGAGGCUUUCUCAUCGAAAAGGUUCUUGCGCGCAAGUCGGCCCGACAGGCCGCGGCGCCGACGUCUCGAGGUGAGAAGUCGGCGACGGCGGCCAUUACCCUGAGCGCGGCCGAGGACCUGGCCGUGGGCAUGCUCGCGGGCAUUGCCUCGCGCUUCUUUACCACGCCGCUCAGCAACGUCACCGUCCGGCACCAGACGAGCGCGACGGCCAAGGAGAAGGAGGGCACCAAUGCCAAGGGCAAGGAAAAGGAGGUGGAGAAGCGCGACAAUGACAGUGACAGCGACGAAGAGGGCGAAUACGGCGACGGGCCGGGGAUCGUCGAGACGCUCAAGCAGAUUGUCGAAGAGAAAGGCGUCGCAGGGCUCUGGUCGGGUUAUGAGACGGCCGUGCUGCUCAGCAUCGCGCCUGCCCUCACGUUCUACAGCACCUCACUGAUCUCGCAGGCCUUCCUCCCGCGCGCGUCGCGCGACUCCCCCUCGUCCUGGCAGACGUUCCUCGUCAACGCAUCGGGAAAUGCCACGUCGACGGCGAUCCUGUUCCCCCUCAUGCUCAGCAAGACGCGCCUGCAAUGGCGCAGCCCGUCGGGCCGAAAGGUGUACCGGAACCUAGCCGACGUCGUGCGCAAAACGAUGCGCAGAAACGGCAUAAAAGGCCUCUACCAAGGUCUCGAGUCGCAGCUGCUCAAGGGCCUCGUGUCGCACGGGACAACGAUGGUCGUCAAGCAGCGCGUCGAGGCUCUCUUUACCUUCUUGUACCUCGCCCUGCGUGCCAGGAGCAGACGGCUGGCUCAGCAGGCAGCCUGACCCGAAUGCAUGUUUGUUCUUUCCCA